CGCACUCAUCGACGACCGUUCUCCUCAAGACCAAGACGCACGAAGAACGAUGGUCAAUCUCCGGUCACAAAAACGCCUCGCCGCGUCCGUAGCUGGCGUCGGCAAACGAAAAAUCUGGCUCGACCCCGCUGAGCAAGCUGAAAUCGGGAACGCCAACUCCCGCACCCACGUCAAGAAACUUAUCAAGGAUGGCCAGGUCAUCAUCAAGCCUACCACCGUCCACUCCCGCGCACGCACGCGCGACCUCCUCGCUGCCAAGCGAAAGGGCCGCCACACCGGUCCUGGUAAGAGGAAAGGUACUUCGGAGGCGAGGAUGCCUGGCAAGGUUAUAUGGAUGAGGAGACAGAGGGUUCUCCGAAGGCUGCUUAGGAAAUACAGAGAGGCUGGCAAGAUCGAUAAGCACCUCUACCACGUGUUGUACCAAAAGUCCAAGGGUAACGUCUUCAAGAACAAGCGUGUGCUCAUGGAGUACAUCCACAAAGCCAAGGCCGAGAAGUCCCGCACAAAGGUCCUCUCAGACCAAAUGGAGGCUCGCCGUGUCAAGAACAAGGCUGCUCGGGAACGUCGUGCCGCUCGCAUCGCCGAGAAGCGACAGGGUAUCACCGCUGUCGAGCACGAGACUGCCCAGGAGUAAAUGUAAGGGGGAUAUCGGUAUUACGGGGAAAAUUUACCUUGUCUUUCCGUUCCUCUUUCUUUUUGCCUUGUAUGUCAUCUCACAUCCAUGCAUUUCGGUCUUCACUUGCUCGUUAUUACAACCAUCCCACCACCAACACAAACCAUAUGUAUCGACUGCUCGGGAAUGAUUAUGCCAGGUCUAUGCUCUCAUUUUAUGGUUUU